UGUGACGUAUUUCCGCUGCCGGUGGCGUGUUCGGCUAACACCGUCAGCCAUUCCACGAGAAGAAAAAUACAUUUUAACGAUUGAAAACAGCAUUUCCACGCGCACACGCGCGCGUAGCAGAUCCCGAAGGGUUCAGAACUUUAUGUUGGGUCUUUGCGGUGAUUGUUGGUCCGCCAUGUAGCCGCGUUUCCCGCUAAACGCAGCUGGACGCCGCCUGCUAGCUUUGUUCGCCGCUUCGGGCCCGGCCGUGACCUCCGCCUGCAGCUUCGUUUUUAAGGAUGUAUCCCUCUUGGGGAAACUUUAGUGUGCCUCCGCCUCCAAGCUUUGCAGGCCCGGGACCUCGGAAGCCUGUGGGCGGCAACCAUGCCGGCCAGCCUGCGGGGUUCGGCGGCUUCGAGGCCCCGUCCAGCGGCUCGCUCUUCUCCAGCCUGCAGGAGCAGCACCGCCAGCAGAUGCAGCAGCUCCAGAUGCUGCACCAGAAGCAGCUCCAGUCCGUUUUACACCACGGGAAUAACGCGUCCCAGUUCGGUUCCGGACACUCGGGGGGGUAUCCCGGACAGUCGUGGCACUCGGAGGGAUCUAAAGAAGACGAUGGCACCCAGGCUUUCUACAAUCAGGAGGGGGCUCCGACGUCCACGGGUCCUCCAGCCCCCACGCAGGGGCCCCAGCAGCCCCCAGCCGACCCCCAACCUGGUCCCCCGCCUCCACAGACCCAGACGCCCAACCCACCGGACAGCAACGGCGCUUUCAAAGGCACAAAGGCCGGGAUUCAGGACUGCUCCGCGGCGGAAGACAAGUCGUUGCCUCUGCAGGAACAGCAGCAACUUUGGUACAAACAGCAUCUGAAGAAUCUGCAGAAACUGAGGCAGGAGAAAGCGCGGCAGAGCCAGAAAGACGGCGAUGCGCCUCCUCCUCCUCCACAUCCAGCUUCAAGCCACACCACUCCUCCUCCCCCUCCCUCUGAUCCGCCCAAAAGCGCCCCCCCUCCGCCCCCGCCCUCAGACGAGCCCCCAGCCCCUCCGCUCCCAGUGGAGGUUCGGAGGGAAAAUGUAGGAAACCCGCCUGCUUUGACGGACACACCGGAAGUCCCUAAAGACCCAGAGGAAGCUGCGCGUCUGCAGCAGUUGCAGGCUGCGGCUGCGCAGUGGCAGCAGGUGCAGCAGCAGAGAGUAGGUCUGCAAUACCAGGCUCUGAUGCAGCAGCACGAGAAGCUUCAGCAGGUCCUUGAAAGGUACCAAACACUGAUUCAGCAACCUCCAAACCUACAGUCCAUGUCUGCCGACUUGCAGCUAAGACACUAUGAAAUGCAGCAGCAGCAGUUCAACUCCCUGUUCCAAGACUGGAACGUCUCCUUUGCCUCGUGGUACGAGCAGUUCCAGACGUAUCCCCACAAAAACCAGCUUCAGGAUUAUGAGCGGCAGUGGAAACAGUGGCAGGAGCAGAUGGCCGCCACCAGUGCUCACCUGCAGGAAAGAGUCGCCUCUCUGACUGCUGUGGUGCCGUUUGCGUCCAUCCAGUACAACAGUCCAAUGGUGGGACAGUUCAACCAGUACCCUGGACAAGACAUGCAAAUGCAGCAGCAUGCAGUCAACCUUGGUGUCCAGCCGCCUGCAGCUGCUGUUGGUCCCAGUCCUCCAGCCCAACAGCCUCCUGGCUUUGGGGCUCACCCAGAAGCACCGGCGGAGCCUCCACUGCAAGGAGGUGUCUCUACUGGUAUUGGAGUCACAACUUCGGGUCCAUCUGGGCAGCCGCAAAGCUUCACUGGCAUUGGAGGGCCAAGUCCCAGAAUGAAAAGAUUUGACCAACCACCACAAGGAUUUGAUGGUUCCUCAAGGGUUGAUCCUCCCCAACAACGCUUUGACCGUCCGCCGCCGUUCGACCAGCCACAUCAUCGCUUUGAUGGGCCUCCAAGAUUUGACCAACCCCGGCAGCGCUUUGAUGCCCCGCCUCGAUUUGAUCACCCUCGGCAGCGCUUCGAGGGUCCGCCGAGGUUUGACCAACCAAGGUCACGCUUUGACGGGCCUCCGAGGUUUGAGCCACCUCGACAGCGUUUUGACGGUCCUCCCAGGUUUGUCCAGCCAAGGCCGUCUUUGCAACAACACAGGCCCCUUGGUCCCUCGCCCCGUUUUGAAUCUCCACCUGUGACUCAAAAACAGGAAGCUGCUCAGCCCGAGUUCACACAGGUGUCUCAGGAGUCCACUGGAACUUCUGCCAAAAGUUCUACAAUGAAGAAUGUUCCACAGAGGCCUGUUGAAAAAAAUAAAGGUUAUAAGGAAAACUAUAAAACAAACAUGGACGACAUUUUAGAUGACAGUUUGCUUGGAACAGAUGGAUUUUUUGUGCAAGAUGACCCCAUUCCCCAAACAUUACAAGAUGGUCCAGAGCCUGAGAAAACGGAUGACAAUAGUCUUGCUAGUAAUGAUGGAAAACCUCAACCUGGUGAUGCUAAAUUAUCUCUAGCGCCAGAAGCUCCUGGACAAAAUUUGCUCAAACCAGAAGGAGCUUUGAAAAACGAGCCUUUACAGACUCCAAGGCCUCCUGAAAUCAAACCAGACCCAAAGGUUUCUGGUAAUGUUCAUACAGGAACUGAGCCUCCGAAGCCCAUUCCCGGUCGGGGACGGGGUCAGCCACUGAUGCGUGGACGUGGAAAAAUAAUUGGCGGAGAAUUGAGGGCGUCCAAACCCGCGGUAGAGGAGACGGAAGAAACGUUUUAUGACCAAAUGCAUCCUGAAGAAGGGAUGGACAUGUCGGAAGAGCAAGAAGACUAUAACUGGCAGUCAUCUUACGAAGAGUUUGGUGGCGAGGAGACGGAGGGCCCCCCUGAAGACGCAUGGGGACCAGAGGAACAGUACUUCCAAGAUGAAGAGUAUUUUGAAACACCAAUGGGACCCCACACGGGCAGAGGGCGACCGCCAUUAUUAAGAGGAAGGCCCCCUUUGCUUAGAGGCCCUCCUGUGGGGAGAGGAUUUCCCCCAAGGGGCAGACCACCUCUCAUAAGAGGAGGUCCACCCAUGGGCAGAGGGGGGCCAUAUAUGCAAAGAGGAGGGCCCCCAAUGGGUAGAGGGGGGCCACAUAUGAUAAGAGGAGGUCCACCAAUGGGCCGAGGGGGGCCACAUAUGCUAAGAGGAGGACCACCAAUGGGCAGAGGUGGACCGCCCAUGGGGAGAGGAGGCCCCCCUAUGGGUAGAGGAGGCCCCCCCGUGGGCAGGGGAGGCCCACCAAUUGGUAGAGGAGAACCAUUUGACCGACACUGGGAGGACAUUGAGUCAGCAGAGUAUGCAGAGGAGGAGGGGGACCCUUACUGGGAAGAAUGGAGACCUCCAAUGAGAGGUAUGAGACCCCCAUUCCCUCCAAGUCGGGGUCGACCCCCACGUGGUCACCCUGGUUUUAUGCCUCCAAUUAGAGGACGUCCGCCUCACAGACCAAUGGAACCGGACCUGGACCCUGAUGCCGCUGCCUCAGAUCCAUCCAUAUACCAUGGGCGUGACCCCUACGGGCCCUCCAUGAAUCCAGAGGCGGGGCGAGGCAGGCGGCUCCUACCCCCACAUGAAAUGGGUGAUGCGCUGGGGGAGGGUUUGUAUGGAGAAGGAGAGCAGGAGCUAAAUUGGCCUCCACCUCAUGCUAGAGGCCCCCCAAUGCCUCCGCAUGAUCUGAUCGAGAGGGGAGGAAUGAGGAGGAGGCCUAUGGGGCGAGGAAUUGGCCGGGGGGCGUGGCGGCCAGGGGCGGCGAGCGAGGAAUACGAGGAGGAGUAUAAAAAGGGUUUUGCGGUGGAUUACGCACAUGGGGAAGAGGGCUAUCGACGGCACCUAGCUCAAGACUAUCCUCCGGAACAGUUUGACGACAAGCUUUUUGAUUCCCAGUGGGACUCCGAACAUCAUCUUGAGAGGGAAUACCCUCCUCGCAUGCCCCCCCCAGAACACCUGAGGGAGCGAUUCCGGCGCCCCGAAGCAGAGAGAGCUCACCCAUACCCAUGCGAUGAGCCAGGAAGAGGCGAACUGCGAAUCCGUGAGUACAGAGAUGAGAUGGCGUACCGGCAGGAUGAACCGCCGCAAGCCCCCUCCCAAGAGUGGGACAGGCCCUCCAGGCUCCCCCCUCCCCCGGGCAGAGAUUACCCCUUCGACUAUCCAGAACGCAGACUGCGCUAUGAAGAACCAAGAGCGUCUUCUCCUCCGUCUGCUGCACAUGCUCCAGACCUGCCGGAGGGCUCGGCGGAGUCUCAAGCGGGAGGUGGGGCGAACGUGCUCGCCCUGUCCCAACGCCAACACGAGAUUAUCCUGAAAGCAGCUCAAGAGCUUAAACAAAUCAGGGAACUGCAGGAGGCAAACCCCCUCAGCACGGACCCUCAGCCUGCAGCCAGCAAAGCCCUGCCAGAACUGCCUGCAGGUCUUCUUGGCCUGGAGAUCCCACCGGAUGUCAGGAACGUUCUGAAGGGAAUGACCACGGCGGCUGCACCGCCUGCCUCCGAGUCUUGGGAAAGCAAACCUGCCGCUCUUAAUUACCAACCUUCUCUUUCUGCUGCAUCCGUGAUUCCCAAGACUGUCGAUUAUGGACACGGACACGAGCCGGGCGCCACCGUGGAGCGCAUGUCCUACGGGGAGAGAAUCAUUCUGAGGCCGGAUCCGCCGCCGUCGGACCGAGGAUAUGAAAAGGAAUUACUGGGACUCAGAGACCCGUACAGCAGAGAUCCUUACUAUGACCGACGGUCAGACCCGUAUUUGGAGCGCCGGGAGUACAGCAGAGACAGGGAGAUGUUCAGAGAAAAACCCGAAUAUGAAAGAGAGAGAUUUGAGAGGGAAGGUUAUCCUCCACGAGAGAGAGACGACAGGUCUCCUCUGCGCUUAGCAUACAGGGAUCGGAGUGGCAGUCGGGAUCCCGAAGACCAUUACGGAAGACCAGGCUAUGACCGACUGCCGUUUGAGCGUGCCGGACUGGAGCGGAUCGGUCCCGAACGCUACAGCUCACCUUACACAGUGGAGAGAAGAGCCUAUCCAGAAGACAGAGGACCUCCCGCUGCGGCCCCCCUACCGCCGCCGCCAAGAGUCGAGAAGAAGCCAGAGAUCAAGAACAUCGACGAUAUCCUCAAACCGCCGGGCAGAUUGUCGCGUCCUGACAGGAUUGUCAUCAUCAUGAGGGGCCUGCCAGGAAGUGGAAAAAGUCACGUGGCGAAGCUCAUUCGGGACAAAGAAGUUGAAAGUGGCGGCGCCCCCCCGAGGGUUCUUGUUUUAGACGACUACUUCAUGACAGAAGUUGAGAGAAUCGAGAAGGACCCGGACAGUGGGAAGAAGGUCAAAACCAAGGUGAUGGAGUACGAGUACGAGCCAGAGAUGGAGGACACCUACAGGAGCAGCAUGCUGAAGACGUUUAAGAAAACUCUGGACGACGGCUUCUUCCCCUUCAUCAUUUUAGACACCAUCAACGACAAAGUCAAACACUUUGACCAGUUCUGGAGUGCAGCCAAGACUAAAGGCUUUGAGGUUUACGUGGCUGAAAUCACGGCCGACACGCAGACCUGUGCUAAGAGAAACCUCCAUGGACGCACACACAAGGACAUAACAAAGAUGUCGGGUAACUGGGAGCCGUCACCACGCCACAUGGUGCGCCUGGACGUCCGCUCCCUGCUCCAGGAUGCCGCCAUCGAGGAGGUGGAAAUGGAAGACUUCAAUCCUGACGAAGAGUCUAUGGAACCCAAGAGGGAGGAGGAAGAGGAGAGUGACCUGGGCUACAUUCCAAAAAGCAAAUGGGAGAUGGACACGUCUGAAGCCAAACUCGACAAGUUGGACGGGCUGGUUAGCGGUGGGAAGAGGAAGCGUGAAGGUGACCACGUGUCCGGCCUGGUGGACUUCCUUCAGCUGCCAGACGAUUACGCCACGCGCAUGUCAGAACCUGGAAAGAAGAGGGUUCGGUGGGCUGAUCUGGAGGAGCAGAAGGAUGCGGAUCGGAAGCGCGCCAUCGGGUUUGUGGUGGGUCAAACGGACUGGGAAAAGAUAACGGACGAGAGCGGACAGCUAGCACAGCGAGCUCUAAACCGCACCAAGUAUUUCUGAGAAGAUGUUUUCUGGUUUAGAAAGAUGUCCUGAACGGGAACCUCCCGCAGGCCGGACGGAGGCCCACCUUCAUGCACAGGAGAUCUCGGCCUGCUGCUGCUCCGUGACGGAAGACGCGUUUCCUUUUACCCAACCUUUGAGUUUUCCUUUGAUGGUGGUCGUCUGUUUUUAUACGCCUUCAGCUUCAUGUACUGCAGCUCUGUACCUCCGUCUGUCGGCCGAUGCGUAGCUUCAAGACAAUAAACGUCUCCCCAAAACCCGUGAAUGGAUGCAGAUGCAGCUCUGUGGAAUAAACGCUUCCUGUUUCUGAUUUUAGGAGGAACGCUGGUCUCCCCUUGUGUUUGUUUUAGGACCUCCACAUUGUUUGGUUUUAUAUGAAAUAAAACAUUUUUAAAAUGAAAA